AACGUAAGCGGAGCGGGCCGGGGCGGCGGCGGCCAUUUUGUGCCGGGAGCGCGGAGGAAGAAGACGCUGGUGUCUCCACACUGCCCGGGCCCUGGAGCCGACCGAGAGCCCCGCCGUUCCGGCCGCUGACGCCCAGCGGGUCUCGGACCCACUGACCACCUCUUCUCCUUUUGUGUCCCACCAAAGAGGCGAGGUGGCGCAAAGCGAGGCCUCCGAGGCGCAGCCGCCUCUGGCUGGACCCUCUCCCCGUACCCCCAGCCCCUCGCCGUCCCCACGGCCGGCGUUCCGCUGCCUCUCACCCACCCCUCCGGGGGCGAUGAGAGGCUUCGGGGACCGGGGCCGCGACCGAGACCGCGGCGGGUUUGGAGCGAGUCGUGGAGGUCCUCUUCCUCCAAAGAAAUUUGGUAAUCCAGGGGAACGUUUACGUAAGAAAAAAUGGGAUUUAAAUGAACUGCCCAAGUUUGAGAAGAAUUUUUAUGUGGAACAUCCAGAAGUGGCCAGGCUUACUCCGUAUGAAGUUGAAGAAUUGCGAAGGAAGAAGGAGAUAACAAUUCGAGGAAUGGAGGGCUGCCCCAAGCCAGUGUUUGCGUUCCACCAGUGUAGCUUUCCACAGUAUGUGAUGGAUGCCUUGAUGGACCAGAACUUCACAGAACCCACUCCAAUUCAGUGCCAAGGCUUUCCACUGGCCCUCAGCGGUCGUGACAUGGUGGGCAUUGCACAGACCGGCUCUGGGAAGACACUAGCAUACUUGUUGCCUGCAAUUGUUCACAUCAACCACCAGCCAUAUUUGGAGAGAGGGGAUGGCCCAAUUUGUCUGGUUCUGGCACCUACUAGAGAGUUGGCCCAGCAAGUGCAGCAGGUGGCUGAUGAUUAUGGCAAAUGUUCAAGACUGAAGAGUACCUGCAUAUAUGGAGGAGCACCCAAAGGUCCCCAGAUCAGAGAUUUAGAAAGAGGUGUGGAGAUCUGCAUUGCUACACCAGGUCGCUUGAUUGACUUCCUUGAGGCUGGAAAGACCAACCUUCGUCGCUGUACAUACCUGGUGCUGGAUGAAGCUGACAGAAUGUUGGACAUGGGAUUUGAACCACAAAUUCGUAAAAUUGUUGACCAGAUAAGGCCUGACCGCCAGACUCUGAUGUGGAGUGCCACCUGGCCAAAAGAAGUGCGCCAGCUUGCCGAGGACUUCCUGCAGGACUAUGUUCAGAUCAAUGUGGGAAACUUGGAGCUCAGUGCCAACCACAAUAUCCUGCAGAUAGUGGAUGUAUGCAUGGAAAGCGAGAAAGACCAUAAACUGAUCCAACUGAUGGAAGAAAUCAUGGCAGAGAAGGAAAACAAGACUAUCAUCUUUGUGGAGACAAAGAGGAGAUGUGAUGAUCUCACUCGAAGGAUGCGCAGAGAUGGUUGGCCAGCUAUGUGUAUCCAUGGAGACAAGAGUCAGCCAGAAAGAGAUUGGGUGCUUAAUGAGUUUCGUUCUGGAAAGGCUCCUAUCCUCAUUGCUACCGACGUUGCAUCUCGUGGGCUAGACGUGGAAGAUGUUAAAUUUGUGAUAAACUACGACUAUCCGAACAGCUCCGAAGAUUACGUGCAUCGUAUUGGCCGUACCGCACGUAGUACCAACAAAGGUACUGCCUACACCUUCUUCACACCAGGAAACCUGAAACAAGCCAGGGAGCUUAUCAAAGUCUUGGAAGAAGCCAAUCAAGCCAUCAAUCCAAAGCUGAUGCAGCUUGUGGACCACAGAGGAGGAGGAGGUGGUGGUGGAGGAGGUCGUUCUCGUUACCGAACGAGCAGUUCAGUAAACAACCCUAACCUGAUGUACCAGGAAGAGUGUGACAGGAGGCUCCGGGGAGUGAAAGAGGGCCGGAGAGACUCAGGUGGCUUCAGAGACCGUGAGCGUGGUGAAAGUUAUGCCAACGGAGCCAACAAGACCUAUGGCAGUGCCUACGGGAGCCCAAAUUCUGCUUUUGGGGCAGCACAGAGCCAGUAUGGUUACACUCAAGGGAGCUAUGGAGCAGCUGCCUAUGGCACGAGUGGCUAUGGCACUGCAGAGUACAGUGCUAGUGGCUAUGGUGCCAGCACCACAGCUGCCACGGCUGGGAGAACCUCACAGAGCACUACCCAACAGCAGUAUGCAGGGAUGGUGGGGCGCUCGGGCCAGCAGCCGCAGCCGCUCAUGUCACAACAGUUUCCGCAGCCCCCUGCCACUAACGUGAUGGGCUAUAUGGGACAGACUGCCACCUACCAGUACCCACCCCCUCCCCCACCCCCGCCCCCCUCCCGCAAAUGAGACCACUUGCUGGUGACCAGUGUAGACCUCUUGCAUUUAAACUAACCUUAUCUUUCUCUUCUUUCCCAUUGUGAUGUCUUUCAUGCAGGUUAGACUUAGAAUUCACUAUUCAAAUCCCUCGAGCCCAUCAAAAAUCGAGCCCAGUCCACAUUAAUGACCCUGUCCUCUUUUUUUUUUUUUUUUUUUUUUUUUUUUAAUAUAUGUAGUUGACUGGAAAAUUUAUUAUUUUUGUCUUGCAUGUUGAGGAAUUUGGGAAUUUUAUUUUCUCUAAAAGAAAAGGGUAUAAGGCAGAUAGGUCCCAGCUUGAUCAUCUUGGUGUCUAUGGUUUGUGUGAAAACUUGCUUUUGAGGGAAAGAAGUUUCUAUCUGUAACACGUUAACUUAAUUUCAGGAAGUAUAAAGAGAGAUGGGAAACUCUGGGGGAGCCAAAAAGCACUUAAUUUAAAAUAUAAAUGCAAGGGAGCAAUGCUCACUUCUCCUAAUCUUAAUUUUUUGUUUUAAAUAGCUCACUAUUACUGCUUGUAAUCUUACUGUAGGUGACUUUCCAUAAGAAAACUCUGUUCAUUUGUCUGAGCUGGGUGGUGUUCAGAGUAAAGCUUUGGGUAUAUUGUUGGCGAUUUCCGUAGGUCUGGAAGCCCCAUUUUCUGCUACCUGUAUCAGCCUGCAGUAGGGAGUUUGGGAUUAAAAACCCAGUGUCAGAGACCAAAGCUGUCUUGAAUUCAGUACCUGAAAAACGGAUAGUUGCUGUGGGUAUCACUGCUGAAAUGUUCAGCCAAGUAAGCUCUUUCGCUACGAUUGUUAAAUUGCAGCAUCGCAAAUGUGUGGAGCCUGAUUACGGUUAAAUUAGUUACUGCUCUCAAAUUUCUGUUUUUGGGUUUAUUGAAAGAAGUCAUCCUUGAGAGCCUAGAAAUUACCUAGAAAAUUGUUCUGAAUGCCGCUACGCUCGAUAAAAUGUGACAGAGUUUUCCACACUUAAAUUUAAGAGGUUUGAAUAGGGUGGGCUGGGGGGGGGCAGGGGGGAGGAAGGAAGGAGGAGAUUGCCUGGGGUCUCCUUUUCAUGAGGUAAGCGGUGAGCUGGUUAGUGCAUCUUGAUUCUGAAGCUUUAUUUCUUUUGUACCUUGCUCUGACUAUUGCUUUCUCUGGCUUUUGAGUGCAUUUCCCUGCUCCAUUGGUCCCUUUGAGCUGAGCUCUUGCAGGUAGGUAGUAUUUUAGAAAAUGUUAGAGAAGAGUGAAAUUUUAGUAAAUACGUAAAUAAAACUUGUUUAUUUUACAGGCUAAGGUGGGUGUGAGGGGGGUCCCCCCCUUUAGUAAAGCAUGUUGUUGACUUGUUAUUUCUAAUACCAGACGGUUCAGAGACAGUAGAUGAUAACAGGAGUUGGCUGCCCUUGAUCUGAUAAGAUGACAAAAGUAUGGAUACAUCUCCUGGUUUGAGGCACGCUCUUUGCAUUAGGAGAGUGCAGGGGGGUUGUGUGUUUUUUCUGUUGGUGUUCUUGCAUAUGGAUGAACAAGGCAGCCCACUCCUUCUGUAGCGGAGUGGAACUUCUUAUAGCCCUGGAAAAGAGCUUGCUUAUACAGAAAUUAUUUCUUUUGAAAUUUAAUUUCUUCCCAGAGUAAAAUUUUGGGGGAUGGAUGCGCUUUUUUUCUCUUUUUUUGUGCAGUACACAGGUAGGUUGCUGACAGGGAGAAGGGAGAUUCCUUCCAGAACCUCAGUUCCCUGGUUCCAUUUUAUAAUUCCAGUGCAUGGGCAGGAAGUUCCUUUGCUUGUGUUAAGUGAAAGCCAGAAACAUUUUGUUUAUCCAAGCACUGACUGAUACAUCUUUGGCCUCCCUUGCAAGCAAAUCUAGAGCUUUUUUUUUUUUGCCUUUUUUUUUUUUUUUAAAUUCAGGAGUAGAAUGCAGAAAUGUGUUUGAGGGGUGUAAGAGUAGGACAUCUCACUGACUGGCUUUAAAAAGGGUCUCUGGACCGCCAAAGCUGCCUUAUAGUCUGUUAUGGCUUUCACUUUUGGGGGUGACUUGUGCGUGUUUAAACAUCAAUGCCAAGUCUUGGCAGUGCUUUAUUGCCAUUGAGGUUAGCUGAAGUCCAGGGUCUCGGUUCGGUUCAGAGCGUCAGCCAGACCGCUGAAUGCACCGUGGCAUGUGCUGCCCCUGUCCCAUCUGGUGCUCUCUGCUCUGCUCCAUGUACCAGCUGGAGGGCCCUUGUUGAUAAAGCAUUAGCCUCUAGUGUUGUUUGCAUUGUUUUCAAUCUGUAAAAAGUUUGUGGGAGUGUCAGAUAUCUGAGCUGGGUGUCUCCUCCCCUCCCACUUCCUGAAACAAUUUACUGUUUGGACUUCUCUGAACAAUGGAAGGAUUACUAGCUUUGUGUGGGAUCAGCAUCUUGUUUCACACACCUGCUGGUCUCUGAACACAUUCCUGUUGUAUUAACGAAGACUUGAAUUGAGAGAUUCAUAGAUCUGUGGUGUUCAGGCACAGGAUACUAAGAGCUAUGUUACUAUUCUUAGUUUGUAAAUUGUCCUUUUGAUACCAUCUUGUUUUCUUUUGUAGGUAUAAAUAAAAACACUGUUGUCAAUAAA